GGGCCCCGGGGGCAGGAAGGACAGAGCGGCAAGAUGGCCAGUAAAACCAAGGCCAGCGAGGCCCUGAAGGUGGUGGCCCGGUGCCGCCCCCUCAGCCGGAAGGAGGAGGCUGCUGGUCACGAGCAGAUCCUGACCAUGGACGUGAAACUGGGCCAGGUGACCCUGCGGAACCCCCGCGCUGCCCCAGGGGAGCUGCCCAAAUCCUUCACCUUUGAUGCCGUGUAUGAUGCCAGCUCCAAGCAGGCGGACUUAUAUGACGAAACCGUGAGGCCCCUGGUAGACUCAGUGCUUCAGGGUUUCAAUGGCACGGUGUUUGCCUACGGCCAGACGGGCACCGGCAAGACCUACACCAUGCAGGGGACCUGGGUGGAGCCCGAGCUGCGCGGGGUCAUCCCCAAUGCCUUUGAGCAUAUCUUCACCCACAUCUCUCGCUCCCAGAACCAGCAGUACCUGGUCCGGGCCUCCUACCUGGAGAUCUACCAGGAGGAGAUCAGGGACCUGCUCUCCAAGGAGCCUGGCAAGAGGCUAGAACUGAAGGAGAACCCGGAGACCGGCGUCUACAUCAAGGACCUCUCCUCCUUCGUCACCAAGAAUGUCAAGGAGAUUGAGCAUGUGAUGAACCUGGGGAACCAGACCCGGGCCGUGGGCAGCACACACAUGAAUGAGGUCAGCUCCCGCUCCCAUGCCAUCUUCGUCAUCACUGUAGAGUGCAGCGAGCGGGGCUCAGAUGGCCAGGACCACAUCCGUGUGGGCAAGCUCAACCUGGUGGACCUGGCUGGCAGUGAGAGGCAGAACAAGACAGGCCCUAACACAGCUGGAGGGACGGUCACACAGUCCACGGGAAGUGGCGGUGGUGGAGGUGGAGGUGGUGGUGGUGGUGGAGAGAGGCCGAAGGAAGCCUCCAAAAUCAACCUCUCGCUCUCUGCCCUGGGCAAUGUGAUCGCUGCUCUGGCGGGUAACAGGAGCACCCACAUCCCCUACCGGGACUCCAAGCUGACCCGGCUGCUCCAAGACUCUCUGGGGGGGAACGCCAAGACCAUCAUGGUGGCCACUCUGGGGCCAGCUUCUCACAGCUACGACGAGAGCCUCUCCACCCUGCGCUUUGCCAACAGGGCCAAGAACAUCAAGAACAAGCCCCGGGUGAACGAGGACCCCAAGGACACGCUGCUGCGGGAAUUCCAGGAGGAGAUUGCCCGCCUGAAGGCCCAGCUGGAGAAGAAGGGGAUGCUGGGAAAGCGGCUCCGGAGGAAGAGCAGCCGCAGGAAGAAGGCUGUGUCAGCGCCCGCUGGGUACCCUGAGGGGCCAGUGAUAGAGGCCUGGGUGGCUGAAGAGGAGGAUGACAACAACAACAACCACCGCCCGCCCCAGCCCAUCCUGGAGUCAGCCUUGGAUAAGAACAUGGAGAACUACCUGCAGGAGCAGAAGGAGCGCCUGGAGGAGGAGAAGGCAGCCAUCCAGGAUGACCGCAACCUGGUGAGCGAGGAGAAGCAGAAGCUGCUGGAGGAAAAGGAGAAGAUGCUAGAAGACCUAAGGCGGGAGCAGCAGGCCACAGAGCUGCUCGCAGCCAAGUACAAGGCUAUGGAGAGCAAGCUGCUUAUCGGGGGCAGGAACAUCAUGGAUCAUACCAACGAGCAGCAGAAGAUGCUGGAACUGAAGAGGCAGGAGAUUGCGGAGCAGAAACGCCGUGAACGGGAAAUGCAGCAGGAGAUGAUGCUCCGCGACGAGGAGACCAUGGAGCUCCGGGGCACCUACACAUCCCUGCAGCAGGAGGUGGAGGUCAAAACCAAGAAACUCAAGAAGCUCUACGCCAAGCUGCAGGCGGUGAAGGCAGAGAUCCAGGACCAGCAUGACGAGUACAUCCGCGUGCGGCAGGACCUGGAGGAGGCGCAGAAUGAGCAGACCCGGGAGCUCAAGCUGAAGUACCUAAUCAUCGAGAACUUCAUCCCCCCUGAGGAGAAGAACAAGAUCAUGAACCGGCUUUUCCUGGACUGUGAGGAGGAGCAAUGGAAAUUCCAGCCACUCGUACCCGCCGGAGUCAGUAACAGCCAAAUGAAGAAGCGGCCAACGUCUGCAGUGGGCUACAAGAGGCCUAUCAGCCAGUAUGCUCGGGUUGCUAUGGCCAUGGGGUCCCACCCCAGGUACAGGGCUGAAAACAUAAUGUUUCUGGAGUUGGAUGUGUCCCCUCCAGCCGUCUUUGAGCUGGAAUUCUCUCACGACCAAGACCAAGACCCCCGUGCGCUACACAUGGAGAGGCUCAUGCGCUUGGACAGCUUUCUGGAAAGACCUUCCACGUCUAAAGUUCGAAAGUCCAGGUCCUGGUGCCAGAGUCCGCAGCGGCCUCCACCCUCUACCCCACAUGCCUCACUGGCCUCCGCUGCUCUGCACCCCACAGCAGUGCUUGACCACGAGUGACAACCCUCCAUCAGGCUGCCCGUCCAAGAGCCCCCUGGGACGGGGAGCCAACCCUGGAUCAUCUCACCCGACGUUCAGUGUGCGUGCGUGUGUGUGCAUGUGCGUGUGCGUGAGGGGGUGAGAAUCUGGCAGACCAUGCGUCGGCCUGCUCUCCUUAGCCUCCUUUAUUUAAUUAAUGUUAUUUAUUUGUGGAGCUCGGUUGUGGGGGGAGAUGCCCUCGCCUGAGCCUGCCGUGGUCACUGCAUAGCCUCCUUUCCUUCUGACUUUAGACCCUCCCCAUGUCAGACCUCAAGCUCCUCCCGUCAGCUGCCCCCACAAGGGAAGGUAGCGAGUGCCUGAGAAGAGAGUGCUUUUUCUACCUGUCUCGCUCCAUAAUCCAUCCCCUCCUGGGCUGACGGUGAGCAGUUCCUAAGCACUUUCUGGGACUAGAAAAAUGCUAGAUGUCCACAAAGGACCAGAGACGUCCUGACAGUGUUGGGCCUAUGAUCCUGGCGAAAAGAGCCCUGCACUUCACUUUCUGGACCUCAGACAACCUCUUCUGGCCUCUUGGGCUCCUUUUCAAGGACUUACAUGACCUCACCGACACAGCUCACGCUCUUCGGCUUUGGCAAGAACUCAUGGCUUACCAAACUCGGCUUCCUGGCCGCCUUCCCAACCUUUGGAUGGGAAUUGUGAACCAGCCGUUGCUGCCUCUUCGGGACUUGCAGAAAAUGAAACAGUCAUGGAAACAACAUGGACAGUCAUCAAAGGAAGUCCCUUCUCUGAGUCCCUUUGUUUCUGUCCCCUUGGAGAAGUAACUGGGAUCAACAAGCAAUCAAGCCAACUCCCCAUUUUUGAGAAGCUGCUCCUUCCUGCUGUGGUCACUUUGCUCUGCAGCUGCCUGGAUCCCAGGUCAUAGUGGGGGAAUCAAUGUCAUUCUCCCCCUGGCUACACAAAGGUAUUGGAAUCUGUUGCUUCCCCCUUCAUUUAGCACAGGAGACAGAGACCCGGGCACAAUCUGCCGGCUUGGCCUAUUACUCCUGCUUCUGCGUCACAUUUGUUGAGCACUGUUUUGUUGAAAAUGGAUCCCUUCUUCAGAAUUGUGCAAAUCGGUCCCUAGGGAAGUACUCCCCACCUCCUUUUGUGACAUCCUAAGAUAUCUCCAGGUAUCUCAAGUAAUAAGUAAAUUUCUACCGAAAGAAAGAGAUUAACUUUCGUUGAUUUACUUUUUAAGUGUGUAUUUUGGUAGAGGAGUGAAGAGGUCAUCAUGAAAGAAACAAAUGAUUUAAGAUCUCAAAAUGCCCUAAUAGUGGCAAUCUCUGGUUUCCAGAAAUACAAGGAUUUUAGUCAUUGUAGAAAAGCAUGAAAUUGACUAAGCUGCUUGAAUUUGGUGAGUGGGAGGUGGAUGCAGGGGUGGGGGCUGAUUACCUGGUUCUUCUCUUUCCAUCAGGAGGUGAACCCUUCUUGCACAGUUCAAGUUCUGCUCUAAGGACCAAGCUACGGUUUGGUUUAAUUCAAUGAUGCUAUCAUUUCUGCCGUAGUUACUGGACUAGAUGGUUGGACAACUCAAUUGCCACUGCUCCUGUCCUUCAAGGAAGUACCAUUCUUCAUCGGAGCCCAAGAGAUUAUUUGAGACUCAGGAUUCAGAUCAGAGGUUUGGCUGUGUCUGGGACAGGAAUUCUGUGGAGAAAUCCCCCAGGUGGCCUGGGCCUCGGGGGACUUCAUGCCUACAUUGAGCAGCCUCUCCCACUGACCUUUCUUGUUUGUGGAUGAAACCGCACGUAUCACCCCCAUUCAUCACUUGGACACAUCGACUCAGCAUCAUCUGGUCACUUGACCCUCAUAGUCUUAUAGCACAAAAUACCCAGUUUCACCACCCCCAGUCUGACGGCUGGGCCGAGGUGUGUCGGAGGAGGAGCUCCUGCCUGCGGCUUUGUGUACGUGUGUAUGUGUGUGUGUGUUUGUGUGUGUGUGUGUGUUUACCUCCGCUCUAUGCUCUGGGGACACUCUGCACUCGGUGUAAGCUAUGCUGGGAACAGGGCCACCGGGGUGGUUGGAUCUCAGUCUCUCUGUCUCUCUCCUUUCCCUUUUGAUGUAUCAAACAUUUGACUGACAAAGUGAAGGCCUUGAUAAGGACCAAAUUUCCAUGUCUGUUGCUAUGGUCUUUAUUUAGGAUAACAGUUACUGCAGUGGCCCAUUCUUGUCACUCUAUACAUAUGACUAUACGGGGACAUAUGUAAUAUAUAAAUAUAUAUAAAAAAACAUUACCCUCUGUCUCCUUGGCUUCAGAUGAGGCCUCUCUGUUGAGCUGAAAUGCACCUGCAGCUCGCCGCUGCCGGCAGCCUGCAGCCCAGCCCUGUUCAAAUUAACACAGUUGAUAAUAAAGGAAUGAGUAUCGUCACAGAAUUGGUUGCCUACCUUCUCUUCCCUCU